UACAAAGCUUACACAUCCGGGUCCUGCUUCCGUCAACGUAAGCUAACGGUUGGGACACGAUUUUUGUAUCGUGCAUGGUUAAAGUGAGCCUUUUAUUUACGUUUGUGGUCAAAUUGUCCUCCAGGCUUUCUCAUACACAACUUAAAAGUACUGUUUAUUUGUUUCAACUUUCCUCUCCCAAAAAAGGUACUCAGGACUUGUUUCGUCUCAAGUAGUAAUCCGACAACUUCCUGUCUGACUGGUUGGCAUAGAUGGCGUCUGCGAACGACCCUUUUCAAUUUCAAGAAUUCGAAGAGAGCAAUCUGCUAGCAGCUGCUAGCGACUCAACUGCUAUCAACAUCGAGGAUGAUUUUAUAAACCAGAAGUCCCUCGGUGGUUCUGUUCCCAGUGGUGAUGAAGAUCCCAUGGAGGAAGAUGACAAAGCUGAGCUUCUCGCAGGGGAGAAGAAAAGCCCAGCUUUCUGGUCUUUUGAGUACUACCAACAGUUUUUCAAUGUUGACACACGGCAUGUGACGGAAAGGAUUGUUGGCUCUGUGCUGCCUUGGCCGGGAAAGAACUUCAUCCAUGUGUACCUUCGCCGAAAUCCCGAUCUCUACGGACCGUUCUGGAUCUGCACCACUCUUGUGUUUGCCAUCGCCAUCAGUGGUAACCUCUCCACCUUCCUGGUGAACCUGGGCAAGCCAAGCUACAGGUACACACCUGAGUUUGGAAAAGUCUCCAUAGCUGCUACAGCCAUCUUCAGCUACGCUUGGCUAGUACCACUCGCCGUAUGGGGUUUUCUGCUGUGGAGGAACAACAAGAUCAUGAACUUGGUCUCUUAUUCCUUCAUUGAGAUUGUUUGUGUGUAUGGAUACUCUCUUUCCAUAUACAUUCCUGCAGUGGUUCUGUGGAUAAUCCCGGUCGAGUGGCUGCGGUGGCUCACCAUCAUGGUGGCGCUCUGCCUAUCGGGCUCCGUCCUGGUCAUCACCUUCUGGCCCGCCGUCCGCGACGACAAGCCCAAAGUCAUCGUGGCAGUCAUGUCUGCCGUCCUGAUGCUCAAUGCCCUGCUAGCCGUUGGCUGCAAAAUGUAUUUCUUCAGCGAAGAAGAACUGUUGCCACCGCGCACCAAUCUUUCGACGACACCAAUGCUCCACCCGCACACGACAUGAGGAGUUGUUAGAAGCGUCUCCUGUUGCCUUACUCGAGAGAAUCGGGUUGCCUUGCGGCGAUGAAGUCAAGGGCUGUGUGGAUUUCACCUCCUAACCUACUUGUAGGGGGUGCGCUUGGUGCACCGCUGCCAAGUAUGUUCUUUGUAACGGGGUGGGCAAGACAUGGUGCUCUGGGUUUCUAUUUAACGCCAAAACACGACCAAUCUUAAAGGUGUUUGGAACGGCAUCGAUGACAUUUUAGAUGCCGUUUAUUGCAUAUUGUGGUAAUGGGAUUCGGACAGUGCGUCCAUACUGAACAGAUGUCUUGAAUUUUAUUUACUACUCUUAAAAUAUGUCAACAAAUGUAUGGAAGCUAUUAAUGUCACACUGAAGCAGCGACAAACAAAUAUAAAAUCAGUAAAUUAUAAGUCGUGAAUUUCUGAAGAGGAAAUGUACUGUAGCAAAAAAUCUUGACAGUUUUCAAAGAACAGGGAUGUAAUUUUACAAGAAUAAGUUUGUAGUAUUAUGAGAAACAAGGUUAUAAUUUAUUAAGAAUGAGGAUCUGAUUUUCCAAGAGGACUCGUAACAUUAAAUUUUCGUUGAAUGACAACUUUCUCCUUGUAAUGCUAUAAUAUUGUAAAUUAGUACUUUUUUCUUGAAAAUGCAACUUUAUUCUCUAGACAACUUAAUUCUUGCAUUAUUUCUAUAUACAGUCAUUCUUUGACUAUAACAACUUUGUUCUUAAAACACUUUUUUUUUUCCCCCUCAGUGUGGCCCCAAUACAUAUUCGCACAUAAAGCCCUUGUAAAUUUCCACAAAUGUUGCAUCUUUUAUUUAAUAAUUCAUUUUUGCUGAUUGACAAGCCACAUUAUUUAAAAAUGUAUGAAUUUGCUGAUGGAAAUAUUAAAUUUAUUAAAAAAAAAAAAGCUUCCAUCACUGCGACUUAUCCUGUUUUAGGUAUGUGAUUUGGGCAGUCAGUUUAAAUAAACACUAAGUCAAUAUGAACACCA